AUGAUCGCCUUUGACGAGCUUUUCGAGUUCCUGCGGGAGACUGAAAUAACAUGUGAUAAUUUUAACGAGCAAAGUGAAGAACAGGAAGCAAUUAUCCUUUUCUUAAACGAGUUGAAGUCUUCCAUCGUCGACCUUUCCCUUUCGCUAAAGCAUAGGAUAAAUGCCCCCGACGAUGUAACAGAACAGGAUAUUUUGAAAAAGAUUAUUAACAAGAAGGAGAGUCUUGAGUUGAUUCUGCGGAAGAAGAGGGACAAUUUCCUUGCAGAUGUCCACUCUGGGGGGGGGAGCCUUUCCCCGCUCAUCUUCUCUACUCGAACAAAUGAUGGUGACCUCAGCAGCUCCGUCAACCUUACCAACUGUGAUGGUCAGGGACACAGCAGCGUGCAUAACCCUACAGGGGAACCCCCCCCUAGUGCCUCCGCUCAACCAAACAAUAAAGACGCUACUACUUAUGCAAAGGCACCCACCUCCCACUCUGCCAGCAGCAUAAGAGUAGAUGCUACUUUGAACAUAUCCUCAAAAGUUAACGCCGUUGAUAAGGAGCAGCAACCCCCGUCACACAGUCUUCCUCCGUGUGCAACGCGGGGGGGUAAUAAAGAGGAAUCAUCACUUAAUGGGGAAAAAGCUCCCACUGAGCAAGAGUCCUUUUCAAAGGAAAACCUCGCCGCAGCAACAGCCCAAUCGGAGCGGAAAGCAAGCUACGAUGGAGUGGAAACCCUAAGUGACCAAGUCCUAAAAGAAUGGAGCGAGCAAAUUGACGAAUAUGAUAACCUACUGUAUGAAUACUCCUUUGCAUUUAAAAAAAAUGAUUUGCAUAAAAAAAUGAAAUCCAGAAAAAAUAUGAACAAGUCAGGUGAAAAUAUCGAUGAAGAGUUGUGCCUACUUGCACAGGAAAUGAAAGAAAACGUUUUAACGUAUAGGGACAUAAUUGUGGAGGACAAUAGGAUGCUGGAGGAGUCGGCGAACAAACAAUCGUCCAACUUGGACAACAUAACUGAUGUGUAUAAGAAGACGAAGAAAAUGGGGCAGAGCAACAGCAUUUCCUUCUUCAUGUCGCUGUUCAUAAUUGCCGCAUCCGCCCUGCUGUUCGUGCUCACCUUUUUUGUCAUCCUCAUUUUGUAG